AUGGAAGUUUCGUUCCGUGUUCGAAAUCUUAAGAAUCAAAUAAUGACAACGAACGUGUGGGUGGAACAGGAGUGGAAUGAUUAUAAGCUCAAAUGGAAUCCUGACGACUACAGUGGAGUGGAAACAUUGCACGUGCCUUCAGAACACAUAUGGCUGCCAGAUAUAGUCUUAUACAAUAAUGCCGACGGCAACUACGAAGUGACGAUAAUGACUAAAGCCAUCCUCCAUUAUGACGGCAAAGUCGUCUGGAAACCUCCUGCCAUCUACAAGUCAUUCUGCGAGAUUGACGUCGAGUACUUCCCCUUUGACGAGCAGACCUGCUUCAUGAAGUUUGGCUCGUGGAGUUACGAUGGUUAUACGGUGGAUUUAAGACAUUUAAAACAGACGCCAGACUCGGACCACAUAGGAAUGGGCAUUGACUUAUCCGAGUACUAUAUUUCUGUAGAAUGGGAUAUUAUGCGAGUGCCAGCUACACGAAAUGAAAAAUUCUACUCUUGCUGCGAAGAACCCUACCCCGACAUUAUUUUCAAUCUCACUCUACGAAGAAAAACCCUUUUCUACACAGUUAAUCUCAUAAUUCCUUGUGUCGGAAUAUCAUUCUUAUCAGUUUUAGUAUUCUACUUACCCUCCGAUUCUGGCGAGAAAAUCUCACUAUGUAUCUCUAUUUUGCUGUCCCUAACUGUGUUCUUCUUGUUGUUAGCAGAAAUUAUUCCCCCAACAUCAUUGACGGUUCCACUGUUAGGCAAAUAUCUAUUAUUUACUAUGAUGCUAGUCACUCUAUCUGUAGUUGUCACAAUCGUGGUGCUAAAUGUAAAUUUUAGGUCCCCAGUCACUCACAAUAUGGCUCCAUGGGUGCGCAAAGUCUUUAUAGAUUUUUUACCUAAAAUAUUGUGUAUUCAAAGACCAGAAAAACCACCUGAUGACGAUGACGAUGACAAUGACAAACCUACAGAGGUGUUGACUGACGUUUUUGGUGGAGAUGAUAUGGAUGGAAAGUUCAAAGAGUGGGCCUGUGAAGAGUAUGAACUACCGGGUAUGCCACCUUCUCCCCCUCCUCCUCCAGGUGGUGAUGAUGAACUGUUUUCUCCUUCACCUGGCUCUCCUUGCCGCUUGGACUUAGACGAUGGUAGCCCAUCGUUAGAAAAACCGUUCGUAAGGGAAAUGGAAAAAACAAUUGAAGGCUCCAGGUUCAUUGCUCAACAUGUAAAAAACAAAGAUAAAUUUGAAAGCGUGGAAGACGACUGGAAGUACGUAGCUAUGGUGUUAGAUAGAAUCUUCCUAUUUGCAUUUACGAUAGCUUGUGUGGUCGGCACGGCUUUAAUCAUUUUUAGAGCGCCAACUUUUUACGACAACACGAAACCCAUAGAUAUUCUGUAUUCAAAGAUCGCGAAAAAGAAGUUGGAGUUGCUCAAAAUGGGCUCAGAAGGAGACCCAGGUCUCUGA